AUAGUAGGUACCCUUAUUACAAACCUAAUAAAUACCGAGAAUUUGUCAUAUCAGGGCAACACAACACAGCGUGAAAAAACUUCUUCAAUCAAUCUUCCUCCUUCCGCAACCAAAACAUAAACCCUUCUACUGCAAAUCAAAAUCAAAAGAAAUUUUAGAAAGUAGUAUAAAGCAUUGUGACUAGAACUGAUUCUAUAACAAUGGCAUUAGCAAGGAUUGCUAGAAGCAACCUGAGAAGAUCAGGUGUUUCUGUUGGAAGUAAUGUACAUGAGAAGAAUAUGUUCAAUGAGAGAACAUAUACAACCAAAGGCUCCUUACCUUCCCAUGUAGAUGGACCAUUUUCGUAUAUUUCUCGAAAUAAGGAACAGAACAACAUGAAUUUUUCGAAGAGGGGAAUCACAGGAACUGCAUUCCAUCAGCUCCCUAACACACAAAGAGUUGUAGAGGAAUCUGAGUCAGAGUUCGAAGAUGAUCCGACAAGAUAUGCAGGACUAGAGGCAACAAAACCAGGUGAAAAGCCUAGAGUGGUUGUUCUCGGUACCGGUUGGGCUGCUUGUCGGUUUCUUAAAGGGCUAGACACAAGGAUUUACGAUGUUGUCUGCAUAUCACCAAGGAAUCAUAUGGUUUUCACUCCUUUGUUGGCUUCAACAUGUGUUGGUACUCUUGAGUUCAGGUCUGUUGCUGAGCCUGUUGGUAGAAUACAGGAUGCACUAGCAAAGGAACCCAACUCAUACUUCUUUUUAGCUUCCUGCACUGGAGUCGACACAAACAAACAUGAAGUUUACUGCGAGGCAGUUACCAACGGUGGAUUAUCUAAAGAGCCUUACCAAUUCAAAGUUGCAUAUGACAAGCUUGUAAUUGCAGCUGGAGCUGAGCCUUUAACUUUUGGUAUCAAGGGAGUAAAGGAACAUGCUUUUUUUCUUCGUGAAGUGUAUCAUGCUCAAGAAAUAAGGAAGAGACUUCUCCUUAAUCUGAUGCUUUCUGAAAAUCCAGGCAUAUCAGAAGAAGAAAAGAAACGUCUGCUGCAUUGUGUAGUUAUUGGAGGUGGUCCUACAGGAGUGGAAUUUAGUGGUGAAUUGAGUGAUUUCAUCACUAGAGAUGUUCGUGAGCGCUAUACUCAUGUCAAAGAUUACAUUCAUGUCACACUCAUUGAGGCAAAUGAGAUACUUUCAUCCUUUGAUGUUGGCCUUCGACAGUAUGCUACGAAGCACUUGACAAAGUCUGGAGUUUGUCUUAUGCGGGGUGUUGUGAAGGAGGUGCAUCCCCAAAAGAUAGUUUUGAGUGAUGGAACUGAAGUUCCUUAUGGUCUCUUGGUUUGGUCCACAGGAGUUGGACCCUCUGAGUUUGUCAAAACACUGAAUCUUCCAAGCUCUCCAGGUGGAAGAAUUGGCGUUGAUGGAUGGAUGCGUGUUCCAUCUGUGGAAGAUGUCUUUGCACUUGGGGAUUGUGCUGGUUUUCUUGAACAAACUGGAAGGCCAGUCCUUCCAGCUUUAGCUCAGGUUGCUGAAAGACAAGGGAAGUUCCUUGUAGAGUUGUUCAACAAAAUUGGGAAGCAGAAUGGAGGAAAGGCUUUGUCUGCAGAUGGCAUCACACUUGGAGAACAAUUUGUGUAUAAACAUAUGGGGAGCAUGGCAUCAGUAGGUGCCUAUAAGGCACUUGUUGAUCUACGACAAUCCAAGGAUGCAAAGGGAUUGUCACUUGCUGGUUUUGUCAGCUGGCUGAUAUGGCGUUCUGCGUAUCUUACACGUGUGCUGAGCUGGAGGAACAGGUUUUACGUGGCAGUAAACUGGGGAACUACUUUUGUCUUUGGCAGAGACAACAGCAGGAUAGGUUGAAUUUUGGCUGCAACAUUCUAACCACAAAAUCAAUCCACUUUUUUGACACAUUAUUUUGGUUGAGUGGUCAGCCUAUGCAUUCUUUUUUUCUUUCUCUGUAUUCACUAUAAAACUUAUAUCAUAUCAUGAUGAUAUAAAAAAGUUGGAUUGGAUAAAUAUGAUACUUUACCAGAAUUUGUUUUUCAUGUUUUA